GGCGCAGUGUUGGGCUUCGCGGCGGCGGACUCUGUUUGUUGUGCUCUGUGUGCUGAAGCGCUCGUAUCGGGCAGCUCUUGUGGUGCAGAACGCGGGACAUGGCGGAGGCGAUGGAUUUGGGCAAGGACCCCAACGGGCCCACCCACUCCUCCACUCUGUUCGUGAGGGAGGACGGCAGCCCCUUGUCGUUCUACGUGCGGCCCAGCCCGGCUAAGCGCCGGCUGUCGACGCUGAUCCUCCACGGCGGCGGCACCGUGUGCCGAGUGCAAGAGCCCGGGGCCGUGCUGCUGGCCCAGCCCGGGGAGGCGCUGGCCGAGGCCUCGGGAGACUUCAUCUCCACGCAGUACAUCCUAGACUGCGUGGAGCGCAACCAGAGGCUGGAGCUGGAGGCCUACCGGCUGGGCCCGGCCGCGGCGGCCGACCAGGCCCCCGAGUCCAAGACCGGGGCUGCGGCCGAGGGCGCCGCGGAGCCCGAGCCACAGCCGCUCACCGGGCGGAUCGCCUUCACGGACGCAGACGACGUGGCUAUCCUGACCUACGUGAAGGAAAACGCCCGCUCGCCCAGCUCGGUCACUGGCAACGCCCUGUGGAAGGCGAUGGAGAAAAGCUCGCUCACACAGCACUCGUGGCAGUCCCUGAAGGACCGCUACCUGAAGCACCUGCGCGGCCAGGAGCACAAGUACCUGCUGGGGGACGCCCCAGUGAGCCCCUCCUCCCAGAAGCUCAAGCGCAAGGCCGAGCAGGACCCGGAGGCUGCGGAUAGCGGGGAACCACAGAAUAAGAGAACUCCAGACUUGCCAGAAGAAGAAUAUGUGAAGGAAGAGAUCAAGGAGAAUGAAGAGGCAGUCAAAAAGAUGCUUGUAGAAGCCACUCGGGAUUUUGGGGACGUCGUGGCAGAUGAGAGUCCUGAUUUUGAAAUACAUAUAACAAUGUGUGAUGAUGAUCCCCCUACACCGGAGGAAGACUCAGAAACACAGCCUGAGGAGGAGGAAGAAGAAAAAGUUUCUACACCAGAGGUGGGAGCUGCCAUUAAGAUCAUUCGGCAAUUAAUGGAAAAAUUUAACUUGGAUCUUUCAACUGUUACACAGGCCUUUCUAAAAAAUAGUGGUGAGCUGGAGGCUACUUCCUACUUUUUAGAGGCUGGUCAGAGAGCUGAUGGAUACCCAAUUUGGUCCCGACAAGAUGACUUAGAUCUGCAAAAAGAUGACGAAGACACCAGAAAUGCAUUGGUCAAAAAAUUUGGUGCUCAGAAUGUAGCUCGGAGGAUUGAAUUCCGAAAGAAAUAAUUGGCAAUAUAAUGAGAAAAGAAAGUAGGUGGGGCAGAUGAGGCUAUAAAAAAGUUGUGACCAUUGAACUUCAGAGAGUUCUUAUAUUAAAAUUGACCCUUAUCUUCUGACCAAUGCUACUAUUGUCUUGUGAGGCCUGAUUUUUGUAGCCAAGCAGAGUUGUAUAGGAAGAUAAAAAUAAAAGAAAUUGGACAUAUUUAGAACUGUCCCUGGCAAGUAUCAGUAUGUUUAUGAAAGGAAAAUCUAAACCAGAGAGGUUGGUCUAGUAGUAGUAUUCCUUUACUGGAAUGGAACCCCUGCUGUAUUGGUGACAAGCCUAGCAACAAAAUCAGAGGAGGAAAAUUAGGCAUACAGGUCUUUUCAUGCAGCACAAAUGAAAAGCCUCUUAUCUUUUGGUAGAAGUCACUCUAAAUUGUGGUGGAUUCCAAGUCAAGAAUCUAGAAUAUGGGGAGAUCUGAAGUUGUUGUUCAGUAAUAGAGCACUUGCCUAGCACUUGUAAGGCACUAGGUUUGAUUCUCAGCACCACAUAAAACUAAAUAAAUAAAACAAAGGUAUUGUAUCUGUCUACAACUUAAAAAAAAAAAAAAAAGAAUCUAGAAUAUGAGACGAUUUAAUUACAUGUAAAUACAUGGACUUUCCCAAACCAUUCCUUU